AUGGUGGUGGCGACGACGAUAGCGCUCUACGCGAGCCCACCGAGCAGCGUUUGCUCCACGCCGCAUCAGAUCAACGCCCAUAUCUCCUGUGAUCUCGAUCUGAAUUCCAGGUCGACCUCGUCGGCAUCUUCCACGGCGUCUUCGCCGAUCGUCGGAGGCCUCUCCUCGCUUUUCUCCGGCGCAUCCGUCAAAUCAGCGGCGUCCUGCUCAUCGUACCCUACCGGAGGAGACGAAUCAGCGUCCAUACGUCACGAUCGGAGCGAUGAUUUGAAGGAUCUGAGCUUGAGCAGCUCGUUCUGUUAUUCUCCGACCAAAUUCGUUAGUUCCUCGUACCUUAAACGGGAUCAAAGCCCCGUCUCGGUGCUUCAUGGUCCGGUAUCGUGUAGCAGCAGCCCUCCGAUGAGAAAUUAUCGCGAUCGGAACCUCGACGGGGGCUUCCAUGGUUCGUUCCGCGGAGGAGCUAGCGGACUGUUCAAUGGGUUCGUUAGGAAUGCGCUUGGUUCGUGCGUGGAUUACGAUCCUCCGGGAUUCGAGAUGGCUUCAUCGUCGAAUUCUGUUCUUGUUGAUGAGCUCACUUUCAGAAUGGAUGUUGGGUUCGGGGAAGAUAUGAUGCAGCCAUAUGCUAGGGAUUUACUGAGACGUGCCCAAUUGAGGGACAAGAUCUUCGAAGAUGAAUUCGUGAUCAAGGCAUUUUACGAGGCAGAGAAAGCUCACAGAGGGCAGAUGAGAGCAAGUGGUGAUCCUUACCUGCAGCAUUGCGUUGAGACAGCAUUGUUGUUGGCAAAGAUCGGAGCUAACUCCACUGUUGUUGUGGCGGGUCUCUUACAUGAUACCAUGGAUGAUUCAUUCAUGAGCUAUGAUUAUAUUCUUAAAACAUUUGGAGCUGGAGUUGCUGAUUUGGUGGAAGGGGUUUCCAAGCUUAGCCAACUGAGUAAACUUGCUCGUGAGAACAAUACAGCAAGCAAAACAGUAGAAGCUGAUCGCUUGCACACUAUGUUUCUAGCCAUGGCAGAUGCAAGGGCUGUCCUUAUAAAAUUAGCUGACCGUUUACACAACAUGAUGACACUUUACGCUUUGCCCCCAAUUAAGCAGCAGAGGUUUGCAAAGGAGACUCUGGAAAUAUUUGCUCCGCUCGCUAACCGGUUGGGAAUCUCAACUUGGAAAGUCCAGCUGGAGAAUCUCUGUUUCAAGCAUCUUUACCCAGACCAGCAUCACGAGAUGUCCUCUAGGCUCGAGGAUUUCUUUGAUGAAGCCAUGAUUACUUCUGCAAUAGAGAAACUGGAGCAGGCUUUGAAGAGACAAGGCAUUUCUUAUCAUGUCCUGUCCGGACGACACAAGAGCUUGUACAGCAUUUACUGCAAAAUGUCCAAGAAAAAGUUAACCUUUGAUGAAAUUCAUGACAUUCACGGGUUGCGUUUGAUAGUGGACAAAGAGGGAGAUUGUUACAAGGCUUUGAGAGUGGUUCACAAGUUGUGGUCUGAAGUUCCUGGGAAGCUUAAAGAUUACAUAACUCAUCCCAAGUUCAACGGGUACCGAUCUUUGCACACGGUCGUGAUGGGUGAUGGGAUGGUACCGCUCGAGGUUCAAAUACGAACAAAGGAGAUGCAUUUGCAAGCGGAAUUCGGGUUUGCAGCUCAUUGGCGGUACAAGGAAGGUGACUGCAAGCAUUCCACGUUUGUGCUUCAGAUGGUUGAAUGGGCGAGAUGGGUCGUGACUUGGCACUGUGAAACGAUGAGCAAAGAUAGCUCUUCUAUUUGCUCUUCGUGUUCCUCCAUUAAGCCCCCUUCUUGCAGGUUUCCUUCUCACUCCGUUGACUGCCCGUUUUCGUACAAGCCUCACCGUUGCCAGGACGGACCCGUCUACGUCAUCGUCCUCGAGAAUGACAAGAUGUCUGUGCAAGAGUUUCCAGAGGGUUCCACCAUUUCGGAUCUGCUGAGCCGGGCAGCAGGGCCGGGGAGCUCGAGAUGGUCGCUGUACGGGACGAUGCCAUUACCCGCGAAUGAAAAGCUAAGGCCAAAGCUAAACCACGAGCCGGUAAACGAUCUCAAGUGCAAGCUGAAGAUGGGCGAUGUCGUUGAACUGACUCCUUCCAUUCCCGACGAGUCUCUGAUGGAAUACAGAGAAGAGAUGCAGCGAAUGUACGAUCGUGGUCUCGCCUUCUCACGUCCCGACAGUGCAGCUUCCGGCACGAUGGUCGGUUGGGGAAGCUGAUCACUUCACCUCCUCAGAUUCUUGAUUUAGAAAAAAUCUUUAUUCAUGUAUAUAUGGGUUAUGAUUCUGACAUUUGUUGUACAGAACGGUCUCUCUAGUUACUGUUUGAUUCCCACAGAUGAUGCAAAGGAACAAAGUAUGUAUAUUCAUAUAAUAUAAUGUGAACUGUUUGUCAUUA